UCAUAAUUCCAGAUUCUUGAAUUCUUGAAUUCUUGAAUUUCUGAAUUCCUCCUUCAAUUGUGGAAUUGAUUACACGUUGGUAUCGCUGCCAAUUUAAUCAUAUCAUUUUCAGGCCGCGCCACCAUCAACAAUCAAGACCUCUUUUCUUUUCUACUGCAUAUCUCUCUCUUUAAUUGGUUUGCUGUUACCCUCUCAUUCAAUUCACAAUCUUCAAGUGUGUUAGAUCUAUCUGCCACUUGUUGCAAUUACCUAUCGCGGUAUCUGUUCUACACCAAGAAGAAUUCGGAAGGGAAUAGAUCGAAAAGAUGUAUUCGAACAAGCUUGCAACGUAUGCAUAGUUUGAUUUUUGUUCAUAUUAUUUUACUAGAGUAUACCGCUAAUUGAUCUCAGUUUUGAAACUCACAAUGCUGCCGUCUGGGAGAAAGAGUCAGAGAUAGGUGACGUAGAGGAAGUACCUACUACCUCAGCAAAUGGAGUCCAAGUUACACCUGUUGCCGUCCAGCGAGGAUUGUCUCGUUUUAGCCCGGCGACUGGAGGAGAUAAUAAUGGAGGACGUGCCCAUGGACGUGGCACUAACAAUAAUGCUCGUGGACGCGGUGCGAUUGAUCGUGGUAGUGACUCCAAUGGUAGCCACCCCGGCCGCGGAGCUACUCGAGGUAAGCUGAGGGGCAAUGUUCGUCGUGGCGGACACUAUACCGCCUCUACUGGUCGUGGUAAAGGUACGUCAUGGUACUUGCCGAUGUAAUGCUAUAAUCAAAUACUAAUACAUCUCAGAGCGAUUCGAGAGAACUCCUCUCGGAGGACAUUCUCGCGAUGGUACUGGCUUAAGCCACGCACCUUCAGUUAGCCAUCGUGUUGACCAGGAGUUACCUCGCCGUCCGGCUGUCAGGGUAAGAGAGCCAGGUCUGAAUUCAAGCACGGGCUGGGCCGAACCAACUCCUCUCUUGACCGACGCUCGAAGAGCACAACUCCAGUAUGAGCGAGAAUCACAAGAAAGCACAAAACGUUUCUUGAAGAAGCCCCUCGACGGAGAGGUUAUUUCGGCCAUCGUAAGUCUUUAGAUCAAUUGCUUCAUAUAAUGUACAUGCUGAAAUUUCGUUGGGGUUUUACCAAUGGCCAAUGAAGGAAGAUAGCCCCGAGGAUUUAUUCCGUGAGUAUCUCAAAGAUCUCGACCAUCUCAAGACCAGCUGGAAAGUUUUUAUCGAUUGGAAUGGCCCACGCAAAUGGUUAAGAAUCCGUGCAACACCAGCAUUCGGUCAGACUGCGAUAAAUGAAGUUAUCAAAGGCAUCAGACAAGCGGUGGAGAGUGGCAAGACACGUGCGAUUAUGGCAACACCUUGUCAUAUCGUCGUUCCCCCGCGGUAUUCGACCGAGUCUACAUUACUCGAAGCACUCGUCAAAGUCAAAUUCAAUGGCCGAAAGUAUGUGCAUGGCCUCAAAUUCUCAAAACAAGCUUCCGACGAAGAAUUGAAAAAGCAGAGUCCCUCGCGGUCCUUGAAAGUAGAAGCGACUGUCAAAACAUUUCGUGAGGAGUUAAACAAGAAUCUAAAUGAGCUUAGUCACCUCAAAGACUGGAUGCGGAUGCGAGCUCAUUUCGGGGAACUUCAUCUCACGCACUGGCAGACAGAUUUGACCGAUGGCCAGCAAACUUUGGAUGGCUUCAUGAAGAUGAUGAAACGUACAAGAACCAGGGGGACAUUCGAAAAAGGGUAAGUUGGUGGCAAAAUAAGAUUACUUAUACGACUAACAUCUACUUAGUGUCGAUCCUCUAAUUGUCAAGUACAUGAUGGAGAGAGUCAAACUUAACCCUGACAAUUUCAAGGUUUGGAGUGGAACAGAUUACGUUCUGGCGGACGUGAAGCCAAAACAUGUUGCAAUCUUCACCGUGCAAAACUCAUCAGGUGAAAUGUUUCACAUUGAGGCAGAUGUGGAUAAGACACAUGGAGGAUACCAAUGUGGAGAGGUUAAGGUAAUGGAGGAAGAACGUCGCAACAAGUGUGUGGAGAUUGUUACCAUCGACAUUGAGUAAGUUAAUGAUUUAUAGCUUCAUGAUCGUUUACUAACAAAUAUAUCUAUAGACAAGUUGACUGGGCUCUCGAAAUUAUCAGCGAGACAGCAGGUACAAUGUUGGAUAGCUCAUUCCAGGACUUGGUUCAAAGUUGCUUACAACCAUUUGUCCAUUCGGGCUUAAACACGCAAGGUUUGGAGGAGCGUAAAGACCAGUACGGCUUCGAAUAUCCCAGAAUCACUCCUCGUGGCCAAGCUGGUUUACGUGUCGAUAAGGUCACUCUCCAGAGCGUUUACAGAUUCAAGACUCGUUCGGGUGGUUACUGUCUUGAAUUUACCAUCAACAGAGAUUGGGAUGGUUUAAGAACUACACCAGAGCCAAACAUCUCUGGCGGAAUUACAAUGUUUCAUGACCAGUGGGACAUAGAUAUGGAAUCAAAUGAACAUACUACGGCAGAUCGCAAAUGGGAGAAAGAUAUGAGUAAUUUCUUUCCAGAUGGAGGAUUCAAAGUUUUUAUCGAACAGCUUAAUUACCUCCUGGAUGGUUUUCAUCAGUCGAAGUCAAAAUCAUUCAGCACUGUCUAAGCACCCGAUUUUAUGUUGAACAUCGAGCAAAUUCAGUUCCAUUAUUUGGGCCAACUCGACAACCCUCUUCCGAGAAAUCGCCUGUUCAACCUCACUUUCCGAGUUCAUCAUAUCAUCCCUUUCUCAUUUCUUCUCGUUGCUAAUGCCAAAUGAGAUGAAUUACCAUUGGACUUUCAAUCGGCCUUUACUUGGAGCCGAUUUCCUAAUUAGCGUUCUUCCUCUACUUGACAAUAAGACCUUUGUGGCGUCUCGAAUGGUUUGAUUCCUACGUACGAGACUAUUUGAAAUUUGGAACUGUUUUUCCUUUUUGUCCAUAGCGCAAAGAUA